GGCGCUGGGUUGAGCGAGAUCUGUCAGAUUCAAACACUCGGCUCUGUGUGUACGUGUGUGUAUGUGUGUGUAUGUGUGAGUGUAUGCGUGUGUGCGUGUGAUGGAGAGCGGGCAUGAGGAGAGAGAUGAGAGAUGGAGAGCUGAGGACCAGAUAGAAAGUCAGCACCGGAGCGCAGAGUGAGCUUCACUUAUGGAUCGGCAUUCACACCAACCCAGGGGAUUCCAUGGACACACUGACCCAAAUAUCCCUGCCAGCCGCAAUCAGUCGACACUGAUGAUGAUGUGCUGCACACAGCUGUAAGGCAGCAAGGCCAAGGGGUCAAGGGUUAAGGUCACACACUACGGCGCAGUAGCAGGCACUGAGGUUGAAAGGUUACAGAAGGGGAGACUGUGAAACUAACAGAAGAACUUCAGGAAGGGUUGUCUCUGAGACAGCCGAGGUCCAAGGGGUCAAAGAUGAUGACGUCGCAUGGAAAGCUGAAGAAGGAGAAGGGGAGUCUGGCUGAAUACGAAUCACAAAUGAAAGACCUGCGGGCCCAGCUGACAGACCAGAUCAAGAUUUUAGACUCUCAGGUGGAAGUGAAACAGCAGCAGCUCUCAGACCUGUCCGAGUUUCUCCGGCGACGAGGAGACAUCGAGACUGAAUAUGCUCGUGCUCUUGACAAACUCACAGAGAGGUUCACUCAUAAAACUAAGAAGAAGGAGCAGUGGGGCCAGUCAGUGUGCCAGGUCUGGUCUGUUUUGCUCACUCAGACUCGUCAGGAGAGCCGAGAGCACGCAGCGCUGGGUGACACCUGCUGCAACGUCCUCACACAGCGACUGGCCCACAGUACAGAGGACACACACCGUCUUCACAAACGGAGCAAAGAAGUUGGAAUCCAGAUGCAGGAUGAAUUGCUUAAAGUUACCAAUGAACUACAGACGGCUGUGAAGACGUACAACCAGUACCACAUUGACUGUCUGAUAGCUGAGGGCAAACUGAAGGAAGCAGAGCGGUUGGAGGAGAGACACACGGGCAAAUCAGCCGAGCUCGGUCCGGGCCAAUCAGGAGGACAGAGGCGGAGUUCUGUCAAGAAGAUGGAGAGAUUAAUGGAGAAGAGACAUGGCAGAGUGCAGGAGACACAGCUGAAGUGUACUAAGGCUCGAAAUGACUACCUGCUGAAUCUGGCUGCAGCCAAUGCAGCCAUGAAUAAAUAUUACCUGCAGGACAUCAGCACUCUCAUCGAUUGUGGCGAUCUUGGUUUCCAUCUGUCUGUGGACAGGGUGAUGAGGUGCUACCUGGCCAGUAAAUGGCGCAUUCAGAAGACAGAAGAAGUGGGGCUGAAGCAACUUGAAGCUUCAGUGACAUCACUGGACCAGAGUGGAGAUAGGGAUGCGUUGUUACAGCAACAUGAUGCUGCCUUUUGUCUUCCAUUCAGAUUCAGCUACCAUCCACAUGAGGGAGACCAGGUGUGUGAAGUGAGUGCAGAGAGCCAAGUGAGGUAUGAGCUGGAGACAAGAUUCCAGCAGCUUCAGUCUCGACUUGCUGCUGUUACUUUGGAAACAGAGGAGGUCAGCAAAACGCUAAAAGCUACACUCUCCGCCCUCCUGGACAGUAUGUGUGACAGCGACUGUAACCCCUCCCCUGACCUGACAAGCAGCCUAUCACAUGAGCUGCUUGGAGGAAGCACAGCCCCCAAACUUACACUUGCCAAGCGUAGAGCCAAUCAGCAGGAGACGGAGACCUUCUAUUUUAUGAAGGUGAAGGAGUUCCUCACCAGCAGUUCUCUGACCUCCAAACUUCAAGCCAAACAUGACCUACUACAAGAUGCCAUACAAAAAGCUGAGGCAGUCGACAGUGACCCCUCCAGAACUCCUAGUGCUCGCUCAGUGCGUGUUCGGAAGUCCAGACCUGUUUCCCAAUUCUGCCACACACUCUUCACCACAGACAUAGUCUCCUACAUACAGAGCUCUGGGCAGCAGAUUCCUGUGGUGGUUGAAAGCUGCAUCCGUUUCAUAAACCUUCACGGCCUCCAUCAUGAAGGGAUAUUUAGAGUUCCUGGGUCACAGAGAGAGGUGAACCUCAUCAGAGAUGCAUUUGAAAGAGGAGAGGAUCCUCUGUCUGACAGUGAGUGUGACCUGGACUCUGUGGCUGGAGUGUUGAAGCUUUACUUCAGGGGCCUUGAACCACCUCUGUUUCCUUACGACAGCUAUUCUCAGCUGCUGGAGUGUGUCCAAAUUGAGAACGUGACAGAGAAGGCUGCCCAGAUUAAAACGAUUGUCUCCACCUUCCCACGGCCUCUCCUCAUUGUGAUGCGUUACCUUUUCGCUUUCCUAAAUCAUGUGUCUCAGUACAGCGAUGAGAACAUGAUGCAGCCCUACAACCUAGCUGUUUGCUUUGGUCCGAGCCUGCUGAGGGGGGUGGAGUCUGAUGAUGCUGUUGCUAGGCAGCCACAGGUCAAUGACCUUGUCAAAACCAUGAUCUUACAACACGACUCCAUCUUCCCCAGCCAAUCAGAACUGCAGGGUCCUGUCUACGAGAAGCACAUGACUCUGGAGCAAGAGUACUGUGAACCAAUCACAGAGGAGGGAGACGGCGAUACCGAGCAUCUGCACAGUGAGGACGAGUGGGAGGCGGUGGCUAUGUUUGACUACGUGUCGCGGUCUCCAGCUGAGCUGUCAUUCAAACAGGGAGAGCUACUCAUCCUUCACAGCAAGGCCUCCUGUGAUUGGUGGAGAGGUGAAGUGGGUGGGGUCAGAGGUCUCAUCCCUCACAAGUACAUCAGUGUCCUGGAAGGGUCAGAGCGAGGGAAAAAAGAGGAAGGAGGAGGAGGUAGCACUGGAAACUUGACAGCUGAGGAUCCACAGAUGGAGAACACAACACGGAUGCGGGUGAACAGUGAUAGCGCUUCGUUGCCAGGGAGACAGAGAGGAAGUGAGGGGAGUCCCAAUCAAAGGCCACGACACCUGCCAGUGUCUCAGGAGCGAAGACACACUUUGGAUACUGUGAGACAGCCUGGUUUCAGACCCAUGGACAGACCUCAGCUCGGUCAAUCAGACAGAUCAACUUUGGACAAGGAGAUGAUCAGUCGUCAGAUGAACUCUGUGUUCAAGGAGCUCCUCUCUCGUCAGCCUCCUGUGCAGCCGUCCAGUCUUGUCGCUCCAACUUCGUCAGCCUCCUCUUCUUCUCUUGCUCAAGCUGCACCUGUUGCCAAAAAAGGAGGCUUCAGCCUCAGAGGACGAGCCCUUUUCAGACCAGUGGAUUAACAGCGAACAGUGAUUGACUGGAAUGAUUGUUUUAUUGAUUGACAAUUAUGAUUAUGCUUAUUAUGGGUUUGGUGAAAAACAUGAUUUUUUUUUAUUUGUUUUUUGACAUGUAUAAUAUUUGUGUCUCUGCCAUCUCAUAGUGCCACUUGUCUCAGUGCCGUAUUAAAGUCCAGUGUGUGUGUGUGUGUGUGUGUCUUCCACCUGGUUUUCAGUCUUUAGUCAGGUUCUUAUUUGUUUUCCAGGCUUUUGUGAUUUUGGAAGAAUCAGGGAUGUGACAUCAGCAGUGAGAUCACCACAGUGAUUUUUAACAGCGGAUACAUGAACAAAAACAUAAGUCACCGAAGACGUAAGCUGCCCCCUAGCAGCAGGUCUGAGAUCAGCACAUAUGUAGAUUAUUUUGCUCUAUUAAAAACAAACAAAAAACGUGAAAAUGUUGACUGAUCUGGGGCCUGUGUCUAGCAGUGCCUUCACGAGUUUGAAUCAUCACUUUUAUUUCACUUUGACUGAUUCAGUCAUUUUGAGCUCUGCAUACUGGAUGAAAAAAUGUGGCAAAAGAAGGCGGCUCAUCGCAGACUGUAUGCAGAAAUCAGUAUUUUUAGCAGCAUGCGGUGCAAGCACACACACUUGCACGAGGAUGGACAACACAUUCCCCUUCAUAUGUGAUGCAUGGCCUGAUACACAGGCCAACACUCAGGGCUUAAUGCAGAGUUAGAAUCAGGCUAACUCAGGUUCAGCUUUGAAAUAUUAAGUAACAGUAUCUCACUCAGGACUGUGGAUGACUUACUUUUCAACUGAAAACUGUGGCAUCGAAUACAGCCGCAUAAAAAAAGGAUUUUGUGACUGCCUCUGUUUGAAACUGUGAAUGCCAACGGUGACAUUGUGGAGCCUUGAUGAAAUGAGACUCUCAUUCAGCCCGACAUUUCGGGCCUGAAACAAUAUCUACGGCCAUCUACAGGUUCCUUUCAACAUGUUUUGGGAUAUUUGCAUUGAGGUGUACUAUAGUAAUUUACUUGACAUCAAAAGCGUUUAAAAUAUUGCAUAUGACAUCUGUAGUGUUCCAGUACUGUAAUCAUAAUCUUUUUUUAUUUUAUUUUUAUUUUUUUGGGUUUCUCUGUUUAAGAUUCCAUUUUAUUCUGGACCACUUGUUUUGAUGAUGUCACAAAAUAAUUUACUGUGUUGAAUUGUACAUGUGGUUACAAAAAAACAAUAAAGACAGCAAACCGAUUAAA